AUGGUCCAGAGUGAGAAGAAGCAGAUCCUGCGCCGACUGAACCAGAACCUGAAGGCCCAGAGUCCAGUGGAAGAGGAGUCUGUUCCCCCCCCUUCAGAACCAGGUCCUCCUGCAGAACCAGGCAGAGGUCCUCCUUCAGAACCAGGUCCUCCUUCAGCACCAGGUCCUCCUUCAGAACCAGGUCCUCCUUCAGAACCAGGUCCUCCUUCAGAACCAGGUCCUCCUUCAGCACCAGGUCCUCCUUCAGAACCAGGUCCCGGUGCUGCUAAUGGAGAGCGCAGGAAGUGGGACGCUGCAGAACUUCCUGAACUUCCUGUGUCUCUGCUGACCUUUGGGGAAACCUGCUACACAGCCAGUCCCUGUGCCACCUCGUCAGUGUACCCUGCAGAGAGACCGUCCUCUGGUGCCGACAGGAGGAAGUGGGAGGCUGGAGUCCCUCUGGUUCUGUCUGAGGCCCAGAACACCCUGGAGGAGACCAGCAUCAGAACCAUCGAGCACACGGUGGGGGAGGUGAUUCAGAUGCUGCAGGAGGACGGGGGGAGGAAGGUGUGGAGAUCCAGUCCAGACUCCCAGGUCCUGAGGGUCCUCCAGGAGCUGCAGCCCCUCACCCUGGGGGACACCUCGCUCUGUGGGGACAUGUCCCUCUUUGGGGACACUUCCUACAGCCCUGAUCAGCCUCACCUGUCGGGAGCAGGGGAGAUGGUGAGGACGCCUAAAGAGGAAGUGUUCCCUGUUAGGACAGCGCCCCCUGCUGGUGGUCAAAGUGCAGCGUCCACAGAUUCCUCCCAGAAGGGAACGUCUGCAGCAGAAAGAGAGACGCUGCCACCUCACCCCUCUGAGAUCCAGGAUCCAGCAGACCUAGAGUCGAUGGAGUUGGAGGAGACCCCUAAACCCCCCCCUCUCCCCCGGGCUGAUGUUCCUCAGGCCUGGCAGCAGGAAGCACCACCAGGAGGCGUGCUAAGACCUGCAGGAGGAAAGGAGGCUGAGAGGAGAGAGGAGAAGCCAGCAGAGCCUUCAGUGAUGGAGGAGCCCCUCUUCCUGAAGCUUCUCUCCCCGGCCCACCGUCGGACCGCCCUCCUCUCGGCUCAGUCGUCCCUCGACGACUCGUCCUCGUCUCUGAACUCUCGCUCUCGCUCCGUCUCUCCUCUCCGGGCCGGGCAGCAACGUGACCUCCUGAUCGGACUCUCCACCGGCAUGUUCGACGCCAACAACCCAAAGAUGUUGAGGACCUGUUCCCUCCCGGACCUGAGUCGGGUCUUCAGCCCUCGGCAGGAAUCAGCAGGAGCUAACGAUGCUAACAAUGCUAACGCCGCUCCGGAUAAUCCUCUGGAGAUCGAAGACCUGGAGGAGGCGGCGAAGGAUGAGGAGCAGUCAGAGACGGAGGACGCCUAUGAGGAUGAAGACCUGCGGGACAUCCGGGCCUCCAUGGAGCUUCUCCUGCAGGAGGAGGAGGGGAAAGGAGACUUCAACGGGAACCCUCCAGAGGAACUGUUCAGGAUAUCAGCUGAGAUCCAGCAGGACUGCAGGAUGGCUGUGGAUGAUGAGGAAGAGGAUGAUGAAGACGAGGAGGAAGAGGAGGAAGAGGAGGAAGAUGACGAUGAAGAGGCCGGAGCGCUCACUAACGGGGCCGAGGAGAACCUGAGCAACAGCGAGCUCAACGAGGAGUGGCAAUCAGACGGCAGUGGGGAGGAGGGGGUGUGCGAGGCGUCUCACAGCGACAGCAUCUUCAGCCGUCUGGAGGAGCUGAGAUUCAGACUGGAGCAGCAGAUGGGCUUCGAGAAGUUCAUCGAGGCCUACAACAAGAUCAAAGCGAUCCAUGAGGACGAGGAUGAGAACAUGGCUCUGGGCUCCAGCCUGGUGUUCAGCACUCUGGGGACGGAGCACCAGCACCUCUACCCCAACAUCCUGCACCUGGUGAUGGCCGACGGAGCGUACCAGGAGGGUCACAGGAGAACUGAACCACUGAGCACACUGAAGACCUGGCCGACAGAUGACCCUGAUCAUGUGACAGAUAACCUGAUCAUGUGA